ACUCCUCAAUGGUUUGGUUAAUCAAAGCUUUCAGGGGAGAAAUUGUGAGGAUGACGAAAAUACACUUUUGUGCAAUUUGAAAUAAUUCCUCAAUAUUUCCCUUGAGAGGAAGGAGAUGGAAGUUCCAGAAGAUGCUUCUUUGACCGAUCAAAUACCUCAGUUCCAGACGUCACCUGAGGAACUGUCGGUUAAUAUAUCGAGAGAAGUUUCUUCUGGAAACCCUGGUGUUUUUUCGGUAGCAUAUGUGGCAGGAGCUAUUCUGAAGGCCCUCAAAAAACACAUAUGCUGUGCCUUAUGCGAUAAUAUGAUCAGUUCAUCCAGUUCAGAACCUCAAAAUUUAUUCAUAGCGAAUAAAGAAUGGUCGGAUGAAAGAUCAGUCCUAAUGUACCCAAGUGAAAGGUACUUUGUUGCUGUAGGAUGUGGAUUUAACAGGUUGGAGGAAUUUUUAGAUAACUCCCCAUCCCAUCCUAAAGUAGCAGCAACCGCACAAAAUUAAAAAAUUGCGUCAUUCCUGAUUUAAUUUAUUUUUUUACUUCUCUUCGACCAGCUUUUGCAUCAUCACCCAUUUCGAUCGCCAUUCUUGUCUACCUUUAUGACCUUCAUGGCUCUAAUUUUCAUGUUUUUCAAAAAUUUCAAAGUUUAAUGAAUUUUAUAUGUUCUAAUCUUCAAUUUCUAUGUACCAAUUGUAAUAAAUUCUUGGAUUCACCAGCUAUAUAUAUAUAUGUGUGUAUGUCAAUAAACAUAUUCUGCUGCAAUAUGUGGGAUUGGCAUUCAUUGGUGUUGCAAAAUUAAGUGCGAAGAAGUGAAGUCAGAUGCAAAAAAAAGGCUUCAUUCCUGAUUUAAUUUAUUUUUUUACUUCUCUUCGACCAGCUUUUGCAUCAUCACCCAUUUUGAUCGCCAUUCUUGUCUACCUUUAUGACCUUCAUGGCUCUAAUUUUCAUGGUUUUCAAAAAUUUCAAAGUUUAAUGAAUUUUAUAUGUUCUAAUCUUCAAUUUUUAUGCACCAAUUGUAAUAAAUUCUUGGAUUUACUAGUUGUAUAUGUAUGUACCAAUAUGUGUGUGUAUGCCAAUAAACAUAUUCUUGUGAAUACAGAGUUUUGUUAUU